AUGUCUUCGCGGACGGCGCUGGCUCCGGGCAACGAUCGGAACUCGGACACGCAUGGUACUUUGGGCAGCGGUCGCUCCUCAGACAAAGGACCGUCCUGGUCCAGCCGCUCCCUGGGUGCCCGUUGCCGGAACUCCAUCGCCUCGUGUCCCGAGGAGCAGCCCCAUGUGGGCAACUACCGCCUGCUGAGGACCAUUGGGAAGGGCAACUUUGCCAAAGUCAAGCUGGCUCGGCACAUCCUCACCGGCCGGGAGGUUGCCAUCAAGAUCAUCGAUAAAACCCAGCUGAACCCCAGCAGCCUGCAGAAGCUGUUCCGAGAAGUCCGCAUCAUGAAGGGCCUAAACCACCCCAACAUCGUGAAGCUCUUCGAGGUGAUCGAGACCGAGAAGACGCUGUACCUGGUGAUGGAAUAUGCAAGUGCCGGAGAAGUGUUUGACUACCUCGUCUCGCACGGCCGCAUGAAGGAGAAGGAAGCUCGAGCCAAGUUCCGACAGAUUGUAUCGGCUGUGCACUAUUGUCACCAGAAAAACAUUGUACACAGGGACCUGAAGGCUGAGAACCUCUUGCUGGACGCCGAGGCCAACAUCAAGAUCGCCGACUUCGGCUUCAGCAACGAGUUCACGCUGGGCUCGAAGCUGGACACGUUCUGCGGGAGCCCCCCAUAUGCCGCCCCAGAGCUGUUCCAGGGGAAGAAGUAUGACGGGCCAGAGGUGGACAUCUGGAGCCUCGGCGUCAUCCUGUACACCCUCGUCAGUGGCUCCCUGCCCUUUGACGGGCACAACCUCAAGGAGCUGCGGGAGCGAGUCCUCAGAGGGAAGUACCGGGUCCCUUUCUACAUGUCCACUGACUGUGAGAGCAUUCUGCGUAGAUUUUUGGUGCUGAACCCAGCGAAACGCUGUACUCUUGAGCAAAUCAUGAAAGACAAGUGGAUCAACAUUGGAUAUGAGGGUGAGGAGUUGAAGCCAUACACAGAGCCCGAGGAGGACUUCGGGGACACGAAGCGAAUCGAGGUGAUGGUGGGCAUGGGCUACACACGGGAAGAAAUCAAAGAGGCCUUGACCAGCCAGAAGUACAACGAAGUGACCGCCACCUACCUCCUGCUGGGCAGGAAGACUGAGGAGGGUGGGGACCGGGGCGCCCCAGGACUGGCCCUGGCACGGGUACGGGCCCCCAGCGACACCACCAAUGGAACGAGCUCCAGCAAAGGUGCCAGCCACAGCAAAGGGCAACGGAGUUCCUCUUCCACGUACCACCGCCAGCGUCGGCACAGUGACUUCUGUGGCCCAUCCCCCACGCCCCUGCACCCCAAGCGCAGUCCAACCAGCACAGGGGAGACAGAGCUGAAGGAGGAGCGCCUGCCAGGCCGGAAGGCAAGCUGCAGUGCCACGGGGAGCGGGAGUCGAGGGCUGCCCCCCUCCAGCCCCAUGGUCAGCAGCGCCCACAACCCCAACAAGGCUGAGAUCCCUGAGCGGCGGAAGGACAGCAUGAGCACCCCUGUGAGUGGGCGGGGCCGGGGAGGUGUGACCACCUGUGGUCCAGCGUGUGAAUGCCACCUGGUGCACAUUUUUCAAACCCCGCCAUCGUCUUGUUCCCUGGACCCCACGGCACAGGACCCCUUCUUUUAUCCUUUCAUUCAUUCACUCCACAGACAUUUAUUGAGUGCUCUCUGUUUGCUUGACCCUGUGCUUGAUGCCAAUGUAUACAUUAGUGUUCACUUGGCCGACACCGAGAAAGGCUUCGGGGUGCACCUGAUAACUGGCUCGGGUACCCCACGGGUGCCCCCCGCCUCCCCCUCUAGUCACAGCCUGGCUCCCCCACCGGGGGAGCGGAGCCGUCUAGCCCGCGGCUCCACCAUUCGCAGCACCUUCCACGGUGGCCAGGUCCGGGACCGGCGGGCAGGGGGCGGGGGUGUGCAGAACGGGCCCCCCGCCUCGCCCACACUGGCCCACGAGGCCGCACCCCUGCCUACCGGACGGCCCCGCCCCACCACCAACCUCUUCACCAAGCUGACCUCCAAACUGACCCGAAGGGUCGCAGACGAACCUGAGAGAAUCGGGGGACCUGAGGUCACAAGUUGCCAUCUACCUUGGGAUCAAGCGGAAACCGCCCCCCGGCUGCUCCGAUUCCCCUGGAGUGUGAAGCUGACCAGCUCACGUCCUCCCGAGGCCCUGAUGGCGGCCCUGCGCCAGGCCACUGCAGCUGCCCGCUGCCGAUGCCGCCAGCCACAGCCGUUCCUGCUGGCCUGCCUGCACGGGGGUGCGGGCGGGCCCGAGCCCCUGUCCCACUUCGAAGUGGAGGUCUGCCAGCUGCCCCGGCCAGGCCUGCGGGGAGUUCUCUUCCGCCGUGUGGCGGGCACCGCCCUGGCAUUUCGUACCCUCGUCACCCGCAUCUCCAACGACCUCGAGCUCUGA